CUUCGGUUAGCCAACGCUUUUUUUUUCCCCCGCUACAGCCGUGCUAGCUAGGCGGUGCGUCCGACGCUGUGAGCGUUACUGCUCGCUUGGCCCUGUUGCCACUGCGACAAAUAGCCGGAUACCCGGGUUGGUGACACCUCUUCGCCAUGUCCAGUAGCUCCAACGUUGAAAACCUGCCGCCGCAAGUGCUGCGGCAGGUGUCUCGGGAACUCUGCGAGCUGGUUCGUCAACCACCUGAGGGCAUCCGCGUCUUUGUCAACGAGGAGGACGUCACAGACAUUGAGGCCACCAUUGAGGGUCCCCAAGGCACGCCAUACGUGGGAGGAGUCUUCAAGCUGCGUCUGGUGCUGCCCAAGGACUUUCCGGCGUCCCCUCCCCGGGGCUUCUUCACCACUCGCAUCUUCCACCCCAACGUGGCUGUUCCGUCGGGCGAGAUCUGCGUCAACACGCUCAAGAAGGACUGGAAGCCCGACCUGGGCCUGCAGCAGAUCCUGCUCACCAUCAAGUGCCUGCUCAUUGCACCCAACCCUGAGUCUGCGCUCAACGAGGAGGCUGGACGCAUGCUGCUGGAGAGGUACGACGACUACUGCAGGAGGGCAAAGAUGAUGACGGAGAUCCACGCGCGGCCCGCCAAGCACAAGGGCAACUCGCCACAGAGCAAAGCAGUCAAGAUGGCCAAGGAGAAGCGGCGCACACUCAAGCGGUUAUGAUGGCCCGACGUCUGUCAUCAUCUCCCGCGCAUCUUUUGUACAUAUAGGGCAGUUUGUGCACAGGCGUGGCCGUGCCUCGCAGUGAAACGGAGGUGCCCCUCUCGAGCAAAAGUAAAAAUGCUAGUCGCGAGCGGGACUACCUUUAUCCACGCAGGCCAGCUCGGGCGAAGUGUCGUCCAAGUGUGCAUUUCUGUUGUAAGGCCUGGAAUGCAGGUCGAACCAUUGGCAAGCUCAAACUCCCGAGAUAUAGAUUUUUAUUUUUAUUAUUUUUUUUUAAAUCGGGAGUUAUGUAUGCCACUCAUCUGCUGAAUUGUCUCCAGCUGUCAUUAGAAUUAUGUGCUGCUGGCCAUCACGCAGUAUUGUGGCAUUGGCCAUAAUACUUCUCAUAUGCAUUCUGUUUGGGCGGGAGGGUCUUGCGAAUGCCUUUAGCCACUUUGACAAAGAGGUCCAGCCUAUCUUAUUUUUAGGAGGGUGAGGGGGUUCAUCAUUGGAGGAAAAAAAAAAUAUUAGGAGAGCAGUGGCUGCCUUUCACGUAAAUAAGACUGUUGAAAUGAAAAUUGGUAGGCAACAGUUUCUAAAUUCCAAGCAUUUGCAUAGGUGAAGAGGUUGUCCUUUCAACGGCUGCACUUUCAUUACCACCGGGGCAUUAGUGGGAUGCAGGCUUGUGCUAAAAGCAAAUGAUACAUGUACCCAUGGUGCCCACCAUUGGUGUGCAAGCUGUAAUUUGCACAGUUGUGACCCCCGAAUUGCUAGAAGAUGUGCUAAUUAGCUCUCCCGUUGAAGAACCUGUCUUCGUGUUCCCUUUAUUUCAGUGAAAACAAAAGGCAAUUUAUGACAUUCAGAUCCGAUGUUCUCCUUUCCUGCUGUUUCUCAUCAAAAUUCGCGACAAAAUUUUUCCCAGAACGGGAUAUGCGAGAAAUAUGAAUUCCCAAGAAGCGUCGGCAUGUAGCCAUAGAUUAAAGGUUUCAGUCCGUAGUAGCUUUUGAGACUUGUUGAUCUGUUGUAUUAGAAGUGACAUGCCUGAAUGGAAAUUCACAUGUCGGGGAACUUUUGUCUUGUAACUUUUGCAGCUGAGUGAAUGUCGCUAUUGUACCAGAAUCGUUGCUAGAAGAGAAUUCAGCCAAUGAGUGUGCAUAUGUCAGCGGUAGGACACCAUUGGAUAAGAGCCGCGGUUUGACCCGUGUUGUGCGUUUUACAGCAUUCCGUCUCGAGAAAACAUUGCUUUUGAGGGGAGUGAAAUAAAUGGAAAAGCAUUAAAGGCAGAACGGCAUUUCAUGUUCUGGAAACGCAGUGGCAUCCCAUCUCCUGUUCACUUUGUAGUGGUUGGCAGAGUUGGUGACUGAGUGAGAAAGUUGCGAAGAUAAGCAAGUCUUAGUCACCAUAAAUGUAACUUUGCCUCAUGAAGUCUUGGCAACAUUUUAGUGACUUGUUAUCAUUUUUUCCCGGUAAGAUUUUUCUGGCAAAGUUCAAGAAAGUCCUAGUUAAAGCCUUGUUCCCAUUUUAUCCCAAGGGGGAUAUAUGUGCCUUUAUCACUGCUGGGUGUGUCAAAGCUGCUUUUUUAGGCAAAGCACAAUCUUUGAGAAUGAUACUGUUUCAAAAAAAUCGGCGAUUCCUGUUUUGUGUUUGUUCCAUACACCGAUUUCGCUCGCCACUGCAGGAAGUAAAUUAAAGCUGUCGCUUUAACAAAAGUUGACAAAGACAUCUGGAAGCAAUUAAAACAAUGACAGAAUCCCGAGCUAGUCAUCUGCAUGACUUCGCGACUUUUUGCUAAAAAUGGAGUUUUCGUCCACAAUUUGGCGACUGCGUCACAAAAAAAAAAAAGUUGACCGAGACUUGGUUGGCCUUGUCGUGCUUGGUAGAGCUGAUGCUUGGGCUGUGUAGCCUGCGCAUCACUGCAAAUGACGCCUCUGUUUCACUUCUAGGUGAUUUACCCCAGGUUGAGUUUGCAGUCUUGGUAGUGCUUGGUCGUAAAAGUCUGGUGCUUUUUCACAUUGUUUCAAAUACUACAAUUUCUGUGAUUUUGUGCCUUUGCAUGCAACAAUCAUUAGGCAUUUGGAGAAGCGAAAUAUCGGGGGCAGGUGUGUUGACCCGAGAUAACUUUGCUAGAUGUUUCCUUUUUUUUCUAUAGGUCAAAAUUCAAGCACGCUUAGUGAAAACGUGUGGUGCUUAAGAGCUUUAACUGUGUUUUCUAGCCAAGCCAACAGUGUGUUCUGCGAAGUGCCAGUGUAUUUCUUGUAUUGAAGGACUUUUGCAGUUUGAGCAUUUGAUCGUGUUGGUGUUCAUGCUCUGCCCGUUAGCGUAGAGUCUCUGCGAUAAGGAAGAUCCUGGAAUUCUCGCAUAACUUGGCAGUUCUGGAAAAGCUUGUGGAAGGGGCAUGGCAAAGGAAGCAGGAAAAAGGCAGCCUCGCUCCUUACAGAAUCUCACUUUGUCAGGGAAACUGAUAGCGGGACUAGGGAUGACAGAAUCUGAAAAUUUUGCGGCCAAACCCAGGAAAUUGGCUACUUUAUUCAGCCUUCCAAUUUUGGAAUCUAGCUUGUGGUCAUGGCAGUCUGUCUUGUGAAAGGAAUUUUGAAUUAAUGGCUGGUCCAUUAACCUGUUGCUUUAAUUAAACUGCCAUUUUGCCUUGAGAAGCAGCGAUGUUUCAGAUUUGGGGAUGCCUAUUAAACUAUGCUUAACGUCAAUAUAGUGAAUUACUGAAUAUAAUGUAGUCAUAAUGAGUAUAGCACUGAUAUUAGCAUGCAGUAGAUAUAUGCUUAUAAUGAAUGCAUUUUCAUGCCUUGCGCUAUUUCAUUAUAAUGAGGUUUGGUUGUAUUUGGGGAGAAUGCAAGUGUACUGGGGAAUUUAGAAAUGCAGGCCACGUAGGUGAAGCAUGGUGGUAGGACAUGUGAUAAACGGUACUGGUGAUUGCGUUGGGAUGUCUAUUCUUGGUGGUGCAGUUCCCUGCAUGCACUGCAUGACAACUGUCGUGGACGCCAGUUUCACCUUGUGAAUAAUUGCAAGCUUGCAAUUCCUCUUAACACAGCUUUCAUUUGAGCGUUAUUGAGCCCAGUUUGGCGUUCAUGCUCUGCCCGUUAGCGUAGAGUCUCUGCUAUAAGGAAAAGCCUGGAAUUCUCGCAUAACUUGAAUGGUUAUCUUAUGACCUGAACUCUUGAAGUUUUAAACAUCAGAAUUGCCGCUGACACUUGAUUCGUCACUGGUGUUGCACGCUGCCAUGCUUUCCAAGCCACAUCACUUUAGUUCCACUGUUAAGCCUAGGAAAUGUUCAGACUUCGCACGAAACUUGAGUGGAAAUGCGAGCUGCACCAAAUGAACAGAAGUGUACGCAGCCCUAGGAGGAUAUAAAAAAAAAACUGCUGGAGUGGAAGAGACGCUCUUCAAGUGAAUCCAGUGCCACCAUAUUGCGAUGGGCAGAAAGCUUGGCGGCCGCCGAUUGUGGGCAGCGACUGCAGUGCGCGGUGAUCUUUCCUGGACAAAGGUGCCUCUGCAACACCUUCUUAUGCGUGCAGCCCAAUUGCAACGAGCAUGGUUCAACCCUGCGUGUUGGAUAAACCAUGCUCGCCACCCCCAAAUUUAUGUUGGCCCACCCCACACAUUUUAAGUUGGCCCACCCCCAAAAUUUCAAUUUAGUAUUGGCGAUUAUUUGCGGGGGAAAAUAUGGGGCAGUGAAAGCGCACAACAUGCUACGCGGCAGGUUUCCUGCUCACAACACGAUGGCUGCUGGCUGCUUCAUUGUCCCCUAUCGGUAGCUAUAGGCGGCUUCCAUGGCAGCAACUACCGUAGGUGCAGCCACUGAGCAAUUAGACCUAGCAAACAAUACAGCCAGAACAUCCCUGACCUUUUCUAUGAAAAUGCAACUGCAACAUAUGGCCUUGGCAGCACACAAGCAUGGGCACUUUGUAAGCUCUCCUAGCAUUGGUGCAGUGAACAAUGAAUUGAGUGAUGGUGCUAGCUUGUGCCUUGUGUGUGAGAUGUUCAGAGGUGUCAAGGGGGGGGGGGGGGGUAGUCAAAAGAAAGGUCUGUCAACUGCUGUCUGGUUUCAGCACACUUGAAAUGCGUGGCUUAUUGGCGAGUUGCUGUAUGGUUUUGCAAGCUGCACUAUUCGAUUAGGCAAUUUAUGUCAAGAUAUCUUGACUUUCCUCACUUGUGAUGCUCUUUCUCCUGCACCUGUUAUGCGACUGCAUGGGGAUAAAUUCAUCAAGCUUUCUCAUUGCUAGGAGGCUGGCAAGUGUUGCGCACUUGUUUUUUGCUGAACUGGAACGGCUUUCUCAGUUAUCUACUUCGGCGAUACGAUCACUUGCAAGGUUUAGCUUGACCUGGCACCGGCAGAGUCAGCGUCUACAACAAUGGCGUUAUCCUCGCACAGUGCUUAUGUUGCAAGAAAUCUCACAGAAGUGAUUCCAGAAUCUUGCAAAAACAUUUCCUUCCCCAAUUCUUCCAUUGGAACCGCUGAAAGGGUUUUAGUACAGUAUACUGGUCACGGUUUUGACCAGGAUCUUGAUUACUGUCUGAAGUUAAGGACACACUAGGUAAAUCUACAUCAUUUUCAUGCAUCACCUUUCUCCUUUAUUAUUUUUUAAUAUAUAUUUAACAGCAUCCCUUGCUUCUCAGUGUCGCUUGGCUCGGUAGGUGGCUUUUGAUUCAUCAGUGCGUCUCGCAAUUGAAAUCCCCAUUUAGCACAUCUUGCAUCUGCUUUUUUCCCUUUUCUCCUGUGUACAUACAUCAUUUAGAUUUCCCCUUUUGCGUUAUUCUUGCAGGCAUCCUGCAUGGUGCACAUUGUUCACUGCUGCAGAGCUUUGAUAGUCGAGAGUCUAGGUUUAUAUGUACGUUUGCACAGCGAAGAGCAUCUUGCUAAUAAACUUAUCUUUCCAGUAUGGA